GUUUUAGAAGGGUUUAGGGUUUUAGUCCAGCCAGUGAAUUUUCCUCUUUCGAAUUUCAUGUUGCUUGGGAAUGCGUCGUGGUGCGAAACUGAAGAUGGGAUUUCAAUCUUCAGCUGGAGGUUCAGGCGUUUCUGUUAAUGAUUCGCAGUCGAGUUUCCAUGAAGGUUUCAGGUUUAGGGCUGAAUGGGUUUGCAGUCCUCUGUUGUAUUUUGCUGGAUUUUCGCAGUUUUAGUGUUCUGAUUGUGAAACAGGAGAAACGUUCUUACACCCCCGUGAGUGGGUUGAGGAAUAGGAGUUGAGGCUCGUGGGAGGCUGUGGGUUUGAGGUUUUGGGUCGGAUUUGUGGUUUCUAAGAGAUGGUGUCUUGGGUUCGGCGGAUUCUGUGAGUGGGGUAAGGAGUAGGAAAAUGGAUUGAAUGCCAUUGUGAUGGCGCAGCGGAGUUUCACCUUGGCGGGGCUGCGUGCCGCGUCGUGCCAGACGCAGGGUUUAUUACGGUUGCCGAAUUCUCUACAAGCUGCCAUAGCUGCAUUUAUUGGAGAUAUUCCAACAAGGGAAGUGAAACAGAGCGUGGCGAAGCUGACGUCCAAUAUGAAGGUGCGGAAGGAGGCAGCGAGGAUUGUAGUGGGCACGCAAGCGGUGGAGGGCUCGGACGAUGCUCGUGCAGCCGUGGAAGAGUACUUGGGGAAGACCACGGCGACGCAGGUGCGGUUGAAUAAGGAGCUUUUUGCCCCUGCUCAGGCUCCCGUUCGGUACGAGUACGAUGAGAAAAAUGUGGCUGCGUAUGUAGCAGCUCGUAUGCCUGCAGUGUAUGGUGCUGUCUAUCGCGUUUUGUCAGAGAUUUCGACUCGUCUUCCUGAUUUUACCCCCACUCGCGUUCUGGAUUUUGGAUCUGGUCCCGGAACUGUGCUCUGGGCCAUGAGGGAGCUUUGGCCUCAGGGAGUGGAGCAUGUCAACUUGGUUGAACCGUCAAGAGCCAUGGCCGCAGCUUGCCGCACUCUCUUGCAGGAUUUGGAAAACAUCCCGCUAGUCAAAGUUCACCCAAGCCUUUCCUUGUAUACUCGCGGUUUACGAAAGGACAGACGUUUGCAUGAUCUUGUCAUUUCAUCAUAUGCGUUAGGUGAAUUGUUGACGCCAGCCGAGCGCAUUACCACUGUUCGUCAGCUGUGGGCUCUCACGAGUGACGUUCUUGUGUUAAUUGAGCCGGGAACCCCACAAGGCUCAAGCAUUGUGCGAGAGAUGCGAGCUCACAUACUCCACAUGGAAAAGAAGAAAUUGCGACGAUCUGCUCAAAGCGACCAAGGAGAUGGUUUCCUAUUAGAGUCUGAAGAACGACCUGGUGCAUUUGUUGUUGCUCCUUGUCCGCAUGAUGGGCAGUGUCCAAUGGAUAAAACCAGUAAUUGGUGCCAUUUUGUUCAACGUCUAGAACGAACAACCUCUCAACGUGUGACGAAGAGGCAUACCAAGCCGACGCCAUUGCGAGCGUAUGAGGACGAAAAAUUUUCUUUCGUGAUUCUCCGACGCGGCAGUCGUCCUAAUGUCCCUUAUCCUCUGGAAGGACUGACAAUUGAGCCAGCAGAGGAGGAAGACUUUGAAUUCAUUGAGGAUCCUAUGGGCAAGCUUGAUGCAGUUGCAACUGAUGACGCGGAUGAAGAGUCGGGUAACGAUUCACACGAAUCAGACGAGUUUGAAGAGGAGGAAGAUGAUGUAAUAGUAGGGAAUAGCACAGCCGAUGUUGGAAGUGGAUGGGCUAGAAUAGUCAGGACUCCUAUACGGCGAGGCCGUCGGACAAUAUUAGAUUUGUGUGCCGCAACUGAGAGGGAUGGCUCUCGGGGGGAAGUCACUCGUAUUAUCUGCUCACGAAAAGGGAACGCUGCUCCGCUGCAUCCACAAGCUCGAAAAUCACGAUGGGGAGACCUCUGGCCAUGUUGAAAAACCCCUCAUUGAUUCGUACAAUUUAUGUUUCUGGUACUUCUUUUUGCCUGGCGUGAGAGGUGGAUAUAGUCAAACGCUUUAGCACUAGUGUACUCGCUAUCACAGGGCAUAGGCUAUAUGGUUAGUACGAUGAUACGGCGAGGAAGAGACGUCCACUAGCUAAUUUCUUGCAAAGAGUUCGUGUAGAUACUUACUGAAUGAUACUCUGAGUAUGUCUUUGUGAUUACCAUAUCACCUAUGGCAUGCACCCCUAGGAUACUAGAUUUCUGAGCCGGUGAAUUUGCAUAUGCAAUUCUCCAAGGUUGGUUAUUUGAAAUGAACUGCUGUGGAUCUCAUCUUUUAGUGCGAGUUUUCAAUGAAAAGCAAUGAGCUACAACCUGCAUCGACA